CAGGCCAUGGGAGAUCAGGACCUACCUGGAGUUCUGGUGUCCGGAUUUGAAGGGCCAUAUUGUAUAUGUGAGGAUCAUGUUGGAGAUCUGCAGAAACACUUUAAUCUCAUUACCAUGCAAGAAUUUUUAGAAAAUAAAAUACAAUUUGGCCCAAGGAUCCAAGCUGUAUAUAUCUGGGGUGGAAAGCCAGCUAUUAACCAGGAGCUCCUGCAGAGCCUGCCCUCCUUGAAGAUUAUUGCCAGUUCAGGAGCAGGUCUAGACCACCUUGACCUGAAGCUCAUUGCCAGCUUUGGUGUGAAGGUGGCCAACACACCACACGCUGUUUCCAACCCCACGGCAGACCUGGGGAUGGCCUUACUGCUGGCGGCUGCUCGGAGAGUAGUGGAAGGUUAUCAGUUGGCUAUUUCACCAGAUACAGAGAACUUUUAUAUAAACUUUAUGGGUCAAGAAGUGACGGGAGCCACUCUGGGAAUCAUCGGCAUGGGCAGCAUUGGCUAUAAGAUUGCUCAGAGGGCCAAAGCAUUUGAAAUGAAGAUUCUGUAUCACAAUCGGAAAUGCAGGAAAUUGGAGGAGGAGGAAGCUGUUGGGGCCACUUACUGUGAGAGGCUGGAUGACCUGCUUCAGCGAUCGGACUUCGUGAUGUUGGCUGUGAGCCUGACGCCCCAGACCCAGAGGCUGAUAGGGAGGAGGGAGCUGAGGCUGAUGAAGCCCACCGCGAUUCUCGUCAACAUUGGCAGAGGUCUGUUAGUUGAUCAAGAUGCCCUGGUGGAAGCUCUUCAGACCGGGGUUAUUAAAGCGGCAGCGCUGGAUGUGACGUACCCAGAGCCCCUGCCCAGAGAUCAUCCUUUGUUGAAGUUAAAGAACAUCAUUCUGACACCUCACAUCGGAAGUGCAACUCAUCAAGCCAGAAGACAGAUGAUGGAAAGUUCAGUUGAAAGCAUCCUGGCUUCUCUCAAUGGCCUUCCCAUUCCUAAUGAAGUGCUACUUAAAUGAUUUAUGUGGGCUGAGAAUUCAGUGGGAUAAAAACAUGGCAGAUUAAAUGUGAAAAAAAAUUCUUAUUUUAUGUACUUUAUGUUACAGUCCAUUAUAUAGAUUGGCUUAAUAUUAUUUUGGCUGAAAAACUUUAGUAAUAAUAGUUAUCAUUUGUUGA